AUGGCAACGGCAAAAACUAAAAUAUUAUGUUUUGUAUGUAAUAAAAAUAAAAUAACAUAUCCUUGCGAAGGAUGUUCAAAACACUUUUGUUUAAUGGACUUAACAGAACAUCGACAAAACUUAAAUGAAGAAUUAGGUCAUAUCACCAAUGAAUAUAAUGAAUUAAAACAAACAAUUAAUGAACAAAAACAAAAUCCACAAAAUCAUUCAUCAAUAAAACAAAUUGAUCAAUUGGAAAGAAAUUCAAUUCAACAAAUUCAACAAAAAACACAAGAUUAUAGAGAAAUCAUCAUUAAGUCAUUACCAACAUGUAUGAAUGAUAUUGAAAUGAAAUGUAAAGACUUAAAUGAACAAAUAAAACAAUUUCAUGAAACUGAAUGUAAUGAAAUUGAUUUAGAAUAUUUAAGAAACGAAUUGAUGAAAAUUACACAAGAAUUAAAUAAUCCAUCAAAUAUUUCUAUUCAACAAAAUCCACAAUUAUUUAUUAAUGAUAUUUCAAUUCUUUUAUCAAAAAAACCCAAAUUCAAUAAAUGGAAACAAAAUGCUAUCACUGUGGCUGGUGGAAAUGGAGAGGGACAACAAAUGAAUCAACUCGAUCAUCCUUCAGGAGUUUUUAUUGAUAAAAACAAAAAUAUUUUCAUUGCUGAUCGUUAUAAUCAUCGUAUAGUUAAAUGGAAUUAUAACACAAGAGAAGAACAAAUCAUUGCAGGUAGAAAUGGGCAAGGAAAUCGAAUGAAUCAAUUGAAUCAACCAACAGAUAUGAUUGUUGACCAGCAAGGUCAUUCAAUCAUUAUUGCUGAUAGGGGAAACAGACGAGUGAUUCAGUGGAUGAAUCAAAACCAACAAAUUCUCAUUGAUAAUAUUGACUGUUAUGGAUUGGCAAUAGAUAAACAUGGAUUUCUUUAUGUUUCUGAUUGGAUGAAAGAUGAAGUGACACGAUGGAAAAUGGGAGAAUACAAUGUAGGAAUUGUAGUGGCAGGUGAAAAUAGACAAGGAAAUCAACUUAAUCGUCCUACUUUUAUCUUUGUUGAUGAAGAACAAUCUGUUUAUGUAUCAGAUCGAAACAACCAUCGUGUAAUGAAAUGGAGAAAAGAUACAAAAGAAGGAAGAAUUGUGGCUGGAGGAAAUGGUCAAGGAAAAAAUCUCAAUCAGUUAUCUGAUCCUGCAGGAGUCAUUGUUGAUGAUUUGGGUCAAAUCUAUGUGGCAGAUUAUGGGAAUCGUCGAGUAAUGCGUUGGCGCGAAGGAAAAGAAGAAGGUGAAGUUGUUGUUGUUGGAAAUGGCCAAGAAAAGCAUUCAAAUCAAGUGAAUCGUCCCACUGGUUUAUCUUUUGAUGAUGAAGGAAAUCUUUAUGUUGCUGAUUGGAAAAGUCAUCGAGUUCAAAAAUUUGAAAUAAUUUCGUGA